AUGGCGGAUCGUUCAGCAAGCGCAGGAAUUGCCGUGAGCUCCCCCUUCCCUUCUCUCCAGAGAACUGCUUGAUCCUCUCCACGCCAUUGUCCUAAUCCGCCAUCAUGAUAUCUCGAGCGGCGGCUCCCUCCACCUCUACCCUCGCCUCCCUCUCGAGCCGCUCCCUCCGCGCCCAGGGGGCGGCCGCCCGCUCGUUCGCGACCGUGCAGGAGGCUCCUCCCGUCAAGCACUAUGGCGGGCUCCGAGACCAGGACCGCAUCUUCACCAACCUUUACGGUCACCACAGCCCCGAUUUGAAGUCGUCGAUGAAGUACGGUGGUGAUUGGCACCGGACCAAGGAUAUUGUGCUCAAGGGCGACGAUUGGCUCAUUUCCGAGAUUAAGGCUUCUGGUCUGCGUGGCCGUGGUGGUGCUGGUUUCCCCUCCGGACUGAAAUACUCUUUCAUGAACACCAAGGACUGGGACAAGGACCCCCGCCCCCGCUACCUGGUCGUCAACGCCGAUGAGGGCGAGCCUGGUACCUGCAAGGACCGUGAGAUUAUGCGCAAGGACCCCCACAAGCUGAUCGAGGGUUGCUUGGUUGUUGGCCGUUCCAUGAACGCCAAUGCCGCCUACAUUUACAUCCGUGGCGAGUUCUACGAGGAGGCUACCGUUCUCCAGCAGGCCAUCAACGAGGCCUACGCCGCGGGCUACAUCGGCAAGAACGCUUGCGGUACCGGCUACGAUUUCGAUGUCUACAUUCACCGCGGAAUGGGCGCCUACAUUUGCGGUGAGGAGACCUCGCUCAUUGAGUCCAUUGAGGGCAAGGCCGGCAAGCCCCGCCUGAAGCCUCCAUUCCCCGCUGCCGUCGGUCUGUUCGGUUGCCCCAGUACCGUCACCAACGUCGAGACCGUCGCCGUGGUCCCCACCAUUGUCCGCCGCGGUGCCAGCUGGUUCUCGUCCUUCGGCCGUGAGCGCAACGCCGGUACCAAGCUGUUCUGUAUCUCCGGCCACGUCAACAACCCCGCCACCGUUGAGGAGGAGAUGUCCAUCUCCCUGCGCGACCUGAUCGAGAAGCACUGUGGAGGUGUCCGUGGUGGUUGGGAUAACCUGUUGGCCGUUAUCCCCGGUGGUUCCUCGACCCCCGUGAUCCCCAAGCACGUCGCCGAUAACCAGCUGAUGGACUUUGACGCCCUGAAGGACUCCCAGUCCGGUCUGGGCACCGCUGCCGUCAUCGUCAUGGACAAGUCCACCGAUAUCGUCCGCGCCAUCUCCCGUCUGUCCACCUUCUACAAGCACGAGUCCUGCGGUCAGUGCACCCCUUGCCGUGAAGGUAGCAAGUGGACCAUGCAGAUGAUGCAGCGCAUGGAGACCGGUAACGCUCGCGAGCGUGAGAUCGACAUGCUCCAGGAGCUCACCAAGCAGGUCGAGGGCCACACCAUCUGCGCUCUGGGUGAGGCUUUCGCCUGGCCCAUCCAGGGUCUGAUCCGCCACUUCCGCCCCGAGCUGGAGGCCCGUAUCCGCCAGUACGAGAAGGAGAUUGGCGGUGCUCCCUUCGCUGGUGGCUGGAAGCCUUCUGCCCGUGCCGAGGGCAAGCUGAUCUCCCCUGGCAUGUAAACCGAUUUGAAAAAAGCAAUUAUCUUCCUCCACCUCUGCCUCUUUUCACAUCCUCAACUCCAUCUUGUUCCUCAAAACCGAUGCAGGAACCGGAUCCGGUAUCCUUUCUAAAGAACUAGAUCUCUAUUUUUUUUUGGACUUCUCCCUUUCUCGCUGGCUGGUUAUCAUGCCCGGCCGGUGAUGGUUGGGGCAGAGGUUGUCUCUACUAUUUUCCUAUAUCUCUUUCCUGUUCGAUCCCCUUUCUGUCGCGUCUAGGUCUCUUUCCUUCCAUGUACAGUCGGUAGCAAAUUGAUGCAUUUUAUGUCUUCCUUAUUUUUCGUGGAGUAAUAGAC